AUGAGAGCGUCUCGUGUUUCGGAAAUCCGUAAACUAAAGGAUUUAUGCAAAGACAUCGAGUUGGUCUCACGACUCCCAUGUAUUCUAUCAGUUCCUUUUAUUGAUAGUAACGGAGUGACGUCACGCGGAAGAGUGUAUAACCAAAACGCAAAACGACGUUAUAUCAAGUGCAAGUCUCUAGACCUUUUGGGCAAAUCUGAUCCUAGAUGUCCAUUCUAA